UCAUGACAACCGUGUGAAACCGAAACGAUCGAAAAAAUAUAAUUUCAAACGAUUCAAUAAAUGCCGAAGUAUCUUGUGAUAUAAGCAUUGAAGAAAUGAUUGUGUUUAAUUUAUGGUCAGUGUUACAGUGGUAUCUUCGACCUUUCAUUAAAUGGUUUCUUAGAAAAACGACGAAGUUGUGUGAGCUACAGAGGAUUUGUUACGGUGACAAACCGGGGGCAGAAAGAACCCGUAAUGUAGAGAAAUCAUUGAUGCAAUCACGCACCAGAGAUGUGAAAGAGGUCGUAGCUUACUUAGACGGCGUGGUGUAUGAGAGAAGAUUCAUACCGCGCUAUUUUCGUGACAUUUUAGACCCCUCGAUUGGUAUCAUAUUGAGGGUGAAAAAAAUAAACCCAAAGCUUCAUGGUACGUUUGUCGUAUCAUUUCGAAGAUGCUUAGAACAAAUUUGGAGUUACAGAAGUUUAGUAGACCAAGUGGAACUACUGAGACAGACCCAGUAUGAUAGCACUAAUGAUGAUCAUGAGGAUAAGUUGCUGAAGUUAUGGUCUUUGUUAGUGCCUGACACUCCUCUUGAGGCAAGAGUGACAAAACAGUGGCAGCAUAUAGGAUUCCAGGGUGAUGAUCCAAAAACAGAUUUCCGUGGUAUGGGACUGCUUGGUCUAGAAAACCUGUUAUAUUUUGCCACAGAAUAUCCUCAAGUAUCAAGCCAUGUUCUUAGCCACUCGCUACAUCCCAAAUAUGGCUACACUUAUGCUAUUGUUGGUAUAAAUAUCACAUCUAUGGCUUACUAUUUAUUGAAAGACGGAUCUGCAAAAACUUACAUGUUCAAUGCAAAACAAAAUUUACCUAAUGUUAACUUAUUUCACAAAUUCUAUUGCUAUUUAUUCUAUGAAUUUGAUAAAAUGUGGAUAGAAUCAAAACCUGCGAAUAUAAUGGAGUUCUCAGAUAUUUUUAAGAAAUUUGAGAAUGCAGUGCGCAUUGAACUGGCAGACCCUGCUUCAGUAUUUAGGAUAAAUGUUGAAGUAGAUAAUGUAUGAGUUUUUCUGAAAGUAUUGUGUUAAAAAAAAGUAAUUCUAACAAUUAGAGAGAUGACACAAACAUUUUCGAGCUCAGUACAUAAGACUGAGUUAUAGUAAAAUGUGAUACUUAAUCGCCUUAUAGCUUUAUUUGCUUAUAUUUUCCACUGGUAAUGUUAAUAUGGUCAUGUAAGGAAAGUAUUUUUUUUUU